CAUCAACUUUCCAAAUCAAAUGUGAUCUCUGAUCUGGAACAAGGACUGAGCCUGAGGAAAAGAGAACUCCCAGCUUGCAUCUUUCUGGGCUGUGAGACAAGACUUGAAACCAAAGAGUUAACUCCAAAGUCCAACAGUAUUGAAAAUUUGCCCUAUGGGGUCAUAAUGGAAAGGGAAGAUCUCUGGCAUUCAGCUUUAGGGACUGUUGGGACCCCUCCUGCUGGUUAGAGGGGCAACAGGAAAGAUAUCUGGAGCAAGUGGCAGUGACCCAAAAGGAAACCUUUAAUGAGAAGAGGGUAUGUGGAGGUAAUAAAACUGAAAAAUGUUCCAUUGAGGGUUCAAUGCUUAAUACACCACAAAGCAUUCCUUUGCCAAAAAGACCCCGUAAUUGGAAUUCAUGUGGAAAAGAUUCCAAACAAAAUUCCAAGUUAAUGAAAGCUUCAAGAAUGUUUGUAGGAAAGAAAAUAUAUGAAUGUGAUGAGUGCAGAAAAACCUUCAGCCAGAGUUCAUCCCUGCUUAAGCACCAGAGGAUUCACACUGGGGAGAAGCCUUACAAAUGCAAUGUAUGUGACAAGCACUUCAUUGAACGCUCCUCCCUCACCGUUCAUCAAAGGACUCAUACAGGAGAAAAACCCUACAAAUGUAAUGAGUGUGGGAAAGCCUUCAGUCAGAGUAUGAACCUUACUGUUCAUCAAAGAACUCAUACUGGAGAGAAACCUUAUCAAUGCAAAGAGUGUGGAAAAGCUUUUCGUAAGAAUUCCUCCCUUAUUCAACAUGAAAGGAUCCAUACUGGAGAGAAGCCCUACAAAUGUAAGGAUUGUGGGAAAGCUUUUACACAAAGCAUGAAUCUUACAGUGCAUCAGAGAACUCAUACCGGAGAAAAACCCUAUGAAUGUAAUGAAUGUGGAAAAGCCUUCAGUCAAAGCAUGCACCUUAUUGUCCAUCAGAGAAGUCAUACGGGAGAAAAACCCUAUGAGUGCAGUGAAUGUGGAAAAGCCUUCAGUAAAAGCUCAACUCUCACUCUACAUCAGAGAAACCACACUGGAGAAAAGCCCUACAAAUGUAACAAAUGUGGGAAAUCAUUUAGUCAAAGCACAUACCUUAUAGAACAUCAGAGACUUCACUCUGGAGUGAAACCUUUUGAAUGUAAUCAGUGUGGAAAGGCUUUUAGUAAGAAUUCUUCUCUUACUCAGCAUCGGAGAAUUCACACUGGUGAGAAACCUUAUGAGUGUAUGGUAUGUGGAAAGCAUUUCACUGGGAGAUCAUCCCUAACUGUACAUCAGGUUAUACACACUGGAGAGAAACCUUAUGAAUGCACUGAAUGUGGAAAGGCCUUUAGCCAAAGCGCCUACCUUAUUGAACAUCAAAGAAUUCAUACUGGUGAAAAACCCUAUGAAUGUGACCAAUGUGGGAAAGCUUUCAUUAAGAAUUCAUCCCUUAUAGUGCACCAGAGGAUACAUACAGGAGAGAAACCCUAUCAGUGUAAUGAAUGUGGAAAAGCCUUCAGUAGGAGUACAAACCUUACAAGACAUCAGAGGACUCAUACAUGAGAGGAGUUUGCACUGGCGCCUUCAUCUUGAUCAAUUCAUUAAUAAUAGCCCUUUGUCAUAUUAAGUAGAUACUUCAUAACCAUAACUCAUGUGGGAACCUUUCGUUGAAGUACAAUAUAACAUACCAGAUAAUAAAACCAUAGCAGAUUAACCAUAUGAGAGUGAACACUUUCAUUCAGAUGGUAAAAUUUUUUUACCAUCAGAUUUGAGUAGCUAAUACAUUAAUGAUGAAGAUAAGCUCUAUUGUGUCAUACUUGGAAUUCUGAUUUGAGUAUCACAGAGUUUUCACACUGGAUGGAAAAUGUGAUAGUACUUAACUAGACAGCCAAAAAAAAUCUGGUAUGUGGUACUAACCCCCCAUGAAUUUAAACAAGUCACUCUCAUAAGAUCACAGUGUCCUGAUGUGCUAAAUGAGAGAUUUUGGGUUAGAUAAAAUGUCCAAAAGAUGCAGGGAAUUUUUUUUAUAGUCUUUUGUGGUUAUAUGUGCUGUGGAAUGCUUUUAUUUCAUAUUGUGAUUUUCUUGAAUGUUUUAGGUUAAAAUCCUCUACCUCUAACUCCUAUUGCCCUUCAAGUUCUCCCCUUUCCCUGAAUUGCUUUAUCUUCUAAAAAAUGUAGGCUAGUUGCUCCUGGGUGGAAGAUGUACUGUGCAUAUUUUAAUGCCAUAGCAUGCUGUUUUGAAUUCUCAACUGAUAGUCAUUAAACUGUUGUUAAAUAAGCUGAUUAUAUUUAGAUGACAAUGUGACAAAUAUAAUCUUUAAAUACUUAGGAAUGAAAUG